CACCGCGGAGCAUCUCUCUCUCUCUCUCCCUCUCUCUCUCUCUCUUUCCUUUUAUUUUAUGCACCAGCUUCUUCAACUCCUCUCUCGCCAUCCAUCGUCUCCCUACCUGGAUAGCCCCUCCCUUUCUUUCUCUGCAAACCAUCGAGCCUCGUUCUUUCCAUAUGUUAUGGCUGGUCUGGAUCUAGGCACCGCUUCAAGGUACGCCCACCAUCUCUCCCACCGUCCCGGCCUUCACCUUCGGCACCACCACGACCCCGAGUCCGACGACCAGAACGAUGGCGGUGACAGCAGUAACAACGGGCACAGCCAAUUCCGCAGCUCUGACCGCGAGGGCUCGGCGACGGACCAACAAGGACUCGAGCCGGUUGCGGCAGGCUCCGGGCCCGGGGACGUCGUGGCCCGGCGACCCCGGGGAAGGCCACAGGGCUCCAAGAACAAGCCCAAGCCCCCGGUGAUCAUCACCCAGGAGAGCGCCAACACCCUCCGGGCACACAUCCUUGAGGUCGGGGCUGGGUGUGAUAUCGUCGAGUGCAUCGCGACGUACGCUCGCCGCCGGCUGCGCGGGAUCUGCGUCCUCAGUGGCAGCGGCACCGUCUCCAACGUCACCGUCCGCCAGCCGUCGACGGCCGGCUCCGUCGUCACUCUCCAUGGCCACUUCGAGAUCUUGUCGCUGUCGGGGUCCUUCCUCCCGCCGCCCGCUCCCCCUGGAGCUACUAGCCUCACCAUCUUCCUCGCAGGAGGCCAGGGGCAGGUCGUCGGUGGGAACGUCGUCGGUACGCUCUUCGCAGCAGGGCCAGUGAUCGUGAUCGCUGCCUCAUUCACCAACGUCGCCUACGAGCGGCUGCCGCUCGAGGAGGAGGAACCACCGCAGAUGCAGAUGCAGCCGCCAGACCCGCAAGGGUCGGGAGGAGACGGCGGGAGCGGGACCAGCGGUGCAGGCGGCAACACGUUCUCGGACCCGUCCGGACUCCCCUUCUAUAGCUUGCCGCUUAACAUGGCCAAUAGCCAGCUUCCGGUGGACGCGCACGGGUGGCCGGCGGGUGCGCCUGGUCGGUCCCUGUUCUGAUACGAAUGCUGCAAUCGCAAAUCGAAACGACUGCCAAAAGAGAUUUAUAAUUCCACGGGGAGAUGGAUGGCCGAAUCAUGGAUGACUCGAUGCUGCGGCGGGCAUGCAGCAGCAGCAGAAAAGGUUAGCAUGCAAAUCCAAAAAUUUCAGUGUACAAUUACUUUAUUUUUCUUUUAUUUUUCGUGUCUCGCUUUCUUAGAUUUUCCAUGUCGUCUUAUCUCCUCCUCAUUUUCUUUGCCUCAUUUCCUUCAGAUGUUGUUGUUGUUGUUGUUGUUGUUGUUGUUGUUGUUGUUCAUGGAAACUCUCUUUUCGU